UACCGGGUACUCUCGCGCCGGCGUAGUCCGGCCGUUGCGAUGGCCUCUCGUGAGAGCUGUGCGGUUUUGAGGUUGGCUGUCUCAGGAAAGCUUUGGCUUGGAAGUGAGAGUUAAGGUCUCCGAGUAGGAGGACACAAGUUUGUCCCCUAAGACAGCACUUUUGUGGAGUCGUGGGGCGGGACAGUCUCUAGUCUAAGGAGAUAUUUAUUAGGGCGUCCUUGCAGGAAAAAAAAAAAAGCGUCUCUAUUUCCCAGGGCUUUGGGAGCUAAUCACAAACUAAAAAGUGAAGUACCCACACCAGCAGAGUGAGGCAGUAUUUCCGUCCCCUGUAUGAUGCUAAGUGUGCAAUCGUGUUGAUUAUGAAGGUAACAUGAGGGAAACUAAGCCUUUGGGUUCUUUUGUGUUUUGUGGGGCUCCCAAGAACCUUUUGGUGUUCCGUUUGAUAGAUAUAAAUGCAAACAAAUGCUUUCAUGAUGGCAGGCAUUCAUUUACAACAGAAUUGCCUGAAACGCAAGUGGUCUAAUUAUAUUGAGGGGUGUCCGCCAGAAAAGACUGCUUGCACAUGGGCUUAAGCAGAUAGAAAGACUUUAUUAGCUGGCCAGCGACUGCACUGGGUGUGUGGUAUGUCAGUGGAGGCCCAGGCCUUUCUCAGCGUGAGCUUUUAAGCAAAACACUAUGACCUAAGUUGACACACUUCAGUUAACAAGAACAGUUAGCCCGAAGCGGAGCUACAGAGGCAAACAAACCAAGCCGGUAACUCCAAAACAAGUCCAGGAAAUGAAGCAAAGGGGCAUCUUGUGAGGACUUUCGGAAGCGGUGUGCGGUAGGUACCGCGCUGGACCUCUGGGUGCCGCUGUCGUGCAGUCAGUGGCCAUUCUGACCCAGUGAUCCCCCGGGCUUUCGCAAACCCGUCCUAGAAAUGCACGGUCUCCCUGCGCUCUGCUUCAACCUCCUGGUUUUCGUCGCCCUUUCUCCUGCUCUCCGCUUGCAGCAUUCUGGUCAUCAUCUCCAGGGUGUUUAAUGACGGUACGGUGCUGCCUUUUCCUUCCUGGCGAGCUGGGAGCAACUACAGUGAAUCCACAUCUCAGCAGCUGCGUGGAUAGAAAGUCGCCCACGGGGCACGCGCGCAGGGAGCAAGAAGCGCCGCCUCCAUCCUGCAGUCUUUGUUCUGAUCCGAGAGCCAAGUCCCAGCUGCACGGCGUGACUCGAAAAGAAGGCUGAGCGUGGGGAAUCUGAGGGUGAGUGCUGAAAGCUACUCCAUCUUGAGAACGACCGGAUCGAUGCAGCAGAUCCACCAGAGAAAUUACGAAAGCCACUCUAAUUCGAAAAUGACAUCUACCGGAAAUCAUAUAGACAGAACCAUCUUGGACUUAAAUGACAGCAGCGGCAUGUGGCAUAGGCCUUUAUGGGAAUUCUGGAGAGCAUCUUAAUAGCAGCGUUUAAAGACUCAGACGCUGAGAAUACCUCUACAAAUGUAUCAGUAACUGUCAGCGACCAUCCUGCCUGAUCCCAGAAAUGAACUACUACUACUACAGAAACCCCGGGCCAGAGGAACAGGACUGCCACUCCUCAGUGACGUUCACGGGGCAGGACAGCUCUAGACAAAGCCGAGAGCCAUUGUCAGACCUUGGAUGCUGACCCACAGCUUUGCCGGGCCGAAGAACCCAUCCUCGCCUGUAUGGCAUUCGAGGUGAUCCUCAUUGACAUCCUUAAGGUAGAGUUCUGUUAUUUCCACACAGUGUCACAGCUCAUACAGAAUAGAUCUACUGCCUCCAGACUGCAGCAAUGCUUGAUUUAGAUUGGAUGGAAGAUUGGAGGUACUCUAAAGACCCGUUUUCAAAGUCCCAGCUGAAAGGGAACAGAGAACUACAGUGGAGCACAGGCCACUGCAAACCAGGCAUCCGCAGGUAAGAACUGCUAUUAGCAAUCAAACAGCGGAACCCAGAGCUUUGCUUAAAUGGAGAGGUGAGAAUUAUUGCAGAAGGAAUGAUCCCACUAACAGUUCACCUACUGACAGUUGGGACCCUAAUGGGAGCAGACCCUAAGGUACACUCUUGCCUUCAGUGCCUUCACAGGGAUGACCCGUCCCUUUUCUCCAUCACAAGCGUUACUUGAGCAUUUCCAGGACAAAAGGGCUCUGCUUGCAGGGAGUGACGAUGCAGGCCUGUCACCUCAGCAUCCAGGAGGCUGAGCAAGAAGACCAAGCAUUUAAGGCCAGCCUGGGCUACAAAGUGAAAUGCUGUCAAAACCAAAAAGCAGUCAGAGUGGUUCUUCUCAGAGGAGUCAUUGUUUCCUUUUCUCCCUUUUCUCUGUGUGGUGCUGAGGUUUGGACUUGGGGCUUUUUCUGUGUGGGGCAAGUGUUUCAUACUGAAUCACAUCCUGGCCCCUUAUUUUUCUUGAGACAGGGUCUUGCUGUGUAGCACAGCCUGGCUCAAAUUUAUAAUCCUUCUUCUGUCUCUGCCUCCUGAGUGCUGGAUUACAGAUGUGGACCAUUGUGCCUUGUGCCAAGGGACUGGGAACACUCACCCAAGCCCCCAAUGAAUACUUUAACACUUCUGAGCAAAGCUUAGGAAUCUUUCAUAAUUCCUGUUUCUUCCUGACCUUGCACCAAGAAGUACUAUUGCACUGUGUCAGCGAGUGUAGGUUUCCGGAGUAUCCUGGGAGACUGCCUUUAAAUUGAUUCAGCAUGAUAACCAGGGUUUGACGGGCUCAGUGCCAUCCUAGCACACAAGGAGUGUGCUUUGUCAAGCGCUUCACCUACGUAAGGCACUGUAAUGCGCACUAUGGAGCCUGCCUACUUGCUGACAAAAGCAGACGCCAACUUCAAGCACAAGAGUUAAGUGUCCUGUCAUAUAUUUCAAACCAACUGACGUGGUUCUUCAACCUGGGGUCUCACACAGCCAAGUGUGUGCCGCACUGUUCACGGUCUCAGAGACAGACCCUGCGAGGCCUGUGUGGUAGGCAGUCACUACACUGUACCUGGUCCCUGCCAUGAGGUGGGGAGUUGCCGCCAAACCCCACUGACCCCAGCAUGGCACCUCCAGGCAGAUGGAGGUUCAGUUUUGGAAGUCUUGCCUUAGUGUCUGUCCUCCUUGAAGGGGUUCUAACCAUCACUAGGGGCCUGUGAUGUUGUUCUAUCCCCAACACUAGGGACUGUUCUGACCUUGGAAUGAACUUCUUAGUGUAAAUAUUUCAGAGAUCAGCAAAGCAUCAUGAGGUGUCAUGCCACUGUGGUAUGUGGGUCAGGACUCAGAAUGUGAUACAAUGUCAGGAAAUGUGUGUAUAUAUGUACAUGUAUAAUUUAUAGCAUAUAUACUGUUUUUUUCAUGUGGUUUUAAAUGAUUUACUAUGGACUUUCAUAACGAACAAAAGCAGUGACUUCACAGGAACACUCUUACCAUUAGGCUGCCCCGUUGGCUUUGGAAGGAGUGACUCCCAUUCUCCUCUCAACCACUACCAUGGGCAAACUAAUGAUUCCAAGCAGCUGGUGGCACCAGAGUUUUAAACAUCCCUCUCAGAUCUUCACACCUCUCUUCUAAUUGUUUUGGAAUCUAUUCAAUUGUUUUCUCCUUGUGCUUUCACUCUCACUCUUCUGUUUCAUUGCCGUUGUUGUGUUUAAAUCAAUGUGCUAUCAACCGCCUUUCUCCCAUUUCAUGGUUUUUGAACAAAAUCCUAAGCAACUUUCCAUGCCUGCCAGCAUUUCACUUAGCUGACGAACAUAUCUUUCACUGAAUGUAAUCCCGUAGUAGUUCAGAAUGUGUGACGGUCAGCAAAAGUUUGCCCUUACUGCAACUGAUCUGAAAGCUGAGACGAUGCUCAGGAUAAAGGAGACGAGUUCACACAAUGACCUAUCACCACAGCACUGUUAGCAGAAGGAACGGUGUUAGCUGAAAGUUCUCUUCUGUAAUGAACCAAGACUUCAGAACUGGCAUGAAGUUGGGAAGUUACACCUCUGGCUUCUCAGAUUGUUCCUGCUUUUCUUCAAGCUGAGAUCCAAGUCAUUUAUUUCGGUUGUCAGUUUGUUGACCACAUCUUCAACCUCACUCACCAUUCUAAAUAUUCUAUUCCAAGCUCUAAAGGACUCUGAACCUUCCAAGAACUCCCCUCCACCGGGAUCCAGUAGCAGAGUGGGAUGCCUUUCUGUUCUGUAGAAGGCACUUCUCGGGAGCUGGUCUCCAUUUCUGCAAACCCAGUGGCUAACAUAUCUUCCUUGCCUACUUUGACCUUCAUAAUGAAAGGACCUGGUGUUGAGCUCCAUGGCUGCUACAGCGUGUCUGCCAGCCAGCCUGAAAUGAGCCGAGGUGGGCAACUGCCACAGCAUCUCCAAACAAUGAAUAGAAGUGACACCCUCAUCAUUCUAUUUGAUAGAUGCAGCUAUUUAAGAAAGCCACCUUCUCUUAGAGAAUAUAAUGCAUGAGUGUCGAACAGCAGUUAUUCCUACAGCCUCCCUAAAAAUAAAAAUGUGCCUUUUUCAUCUAUGAAGAAUAAUAUCACAACUUCUCUCUCUUUUGAGUUUAAAGUCUAAAUUAUAGAUUCAUGUGAUAUUUGUAAUAAGAUUCCAAGACCCCAGUUUUAAUCUUUCCAAAAUAUAUUGGGGGAAUUUUAGAUCUUAACAAGCUCCUUCAGGAAAGAGGGGAAUAAGGAUAUGGUUGAAAAUGGUCUUCAAAAUCCCAGGUUUCUAGCCGGGCGAUGGUGGCGCAUGCCUUUAAUCCCAGCACUCAGGAGGCAGAGGCAGGUGGAUCUCUGUGAGUUCCAGACCAGCCUCGUCUACACGUUCCAGACAGCCUCCAAAGCUACACAAAGAAACCCUGUCGAUAAACAAAACAAAAAAAUCCCAGGAUUCUGAAAAUAUUCAAAGGAAACUGGAGUGGUCCAGAUUUUGAAACUCUACCUUGAAGUCUGAAAGUUGAUUUCUCCCCUUCCAAUAUUUUUUCAUCCCCCAAACUUCUCUUUGUGGCCCAGGAAAUUAUCAGAUGGUCAAGCUAUACAACAGAAUAAAUGGAAGGCUGAUUUUUCUCCUCUUUAUGGUUAGAGAGCUCUUUGAUUCUUCAAUAGCACACAGUGAAAACAUAAUUUGGACUACUGAGUUCUCCAGGACAUGCAAUUUAACAAAUUAUCUACAAGGAAGUGAACGUUAUUUCUUCUUUACAUAUAAUACAUAUGUGUGUGCACGUAUGCAAGUGCAUACAUACAUAUCAUUGUAAAAAAAAAAAAGUUAACUAUUUCCCUGACAGUAAACCAGGACUUUAAAAAGAUGCAUUUCCUAGGAGUGCAGUAACUUGAUAGGACUCUGGGCGCCGCUGUUCACCAACCUGGGGGAUGCAUGCUCUAACUACCCGCCCAAUUAGAGGGAAAAAAAAAAGUGUGACUCUUACACUCUCCACCAUACCAGACUGAAAAUGUCUGCCUGCGACUGCUCAGCAUAUUUCUGGAAAUCUCUCUGCUGUAAUUAUUUUAAAUAGUAAGGUAAAGAAGACCCUGGAAAAGCAGAAAAACAAUACCCUUGCUAACAGAUUGAGAGUAAAGUAGGAAGCCAGAGAGCAAUGGCGAUUCCAGAGAAGCGAACCGGCUGGAGCCGGCUGACACUGCUGUGCCUUUCUCUGGAACUACUAUUGGAAGCGGACGCUGGAAACAUCCGCUACUCUGUGCCAGAAGAAACCGACAAAGGCUCCUUCGUGGGCAGCAUCGCCAAGGACCUGGGGCUGGAGCCCAGCGAGCUCACACAGCACGGGAUCCGCAUCGUCUCCAGAGGUAGGUCGCAGCUUUUCUCUUUGAACCCGCGAAGCGGCAGCUUGGUCACCGCAGGCAGGAUAGACCGGGAGGAGCUGUGCACCCAGAACGUGCCCUGCCUGGUGAACUUUAACAUCCUGGUGGAGGAUGAAAUGAGGCUUUUUCCUAUCGAAGUAGAGAUAAUUGAUAUUAACGACAACACCCCCCAAUUCCAGUUAGAAGAGCUGGAAUUAAAAAUGAGUGAAAUAACAACUCCAGGUACCAGGAUCCCUCUGCCUCUUGGGCAAGACCUUGAUGUGGGUAUAAACUCACUUCAGAGCUACCAGCUAAGCGCCAACCCUCACUUCUUCCUGGAAGUGCAGCAGGGACUUGAAGGUCCACAACAGCCAGAGAUGGUACUGCAGAGCCCUCUAGACAGAGAAAAGGAUGCUAUCCACUUCCUUGUCCUCACUGCCUCUGAUGGGGGUAACCCAGUACACUCGGGAACUCUGCAAAUUCGUGUUCAGGUGGUAGAUGUGAACGACAACCCACCUUCAUUUACUCAGGCAGAGUACCACGUGAGUGUCCCUGAGAACGUACCAUUAGGCACUCGGCUACUCAAGGUGAAUGCUUCUGACCCGGAUGAGGGAGCUAAUGGCAAAGUAACAUACUCUUUUCACAACGUAGACCACAGCGUGGUCCGGAAAUUCCAGUUGGAUUCUUACACAGGAGAAAUAACAAAUAAAGAGCCACUAGAUUUUGAAGAAUACGAAGUUUAUCCGAUGGAAAUUCAAGCACAGGAUGGUGCUGGGCUCAUGGCUAGAGCUAAGGUCCUGGUCACUGUUUUGGAUGUUAAUGAUAACGCCCCAGAAGUUGGUAUCACCUCUGUCACUACCCAAGUGCCAGAAAACUUUCCUCCUGGGACCAUAAUUGCUCUUAUCAGUGUGCACGAUCAAGAUGCUGGUAACAAUGGUCACACCACAUGUUCCAUUCCUGGAAACCUACCCUUUAAACUGGAAAAGUUAGUUGACAAUUAUUACCGCUUGGUAACAGAAAGAACACUGGACAGAGAGCAUAGCUCUGGGCACAACAUCACAAUAACAGCAACAGAUCAGGGAUCUCCGCCUCUAUCUACCCAAGCUCACAUCUCACUGCUAGUGGCAGAUAUCAAUGACAACCCUCCAGUCUUUGAACAGGACUCCUACUCUGUCUACAUUCCCGAAAAUAAUCCCAGAGGGGCUUCCAUCUUCUCGGUAAAGGCCCAUGAUGCUGACCACAAUGAGAAUGCACUAGUGACUUACUCCCUGGUGGAAGACACUAUUCAGGGAGUGCCUCUGUCAUCUUACUUCUCCAUCAACUCCGACACUGGAGUUGUCUAUUCAUUGCAACCCUUUGAUUAUGAACAGUUUCGAGAUUUGCAGCUAAAAGUGAUGGCUCGUGACAGUGGGAACCCACAACUCAGCAGCAAUGUCUCCUUGAAUCUGUUCGUGAUCGAUCAGAAUGACAAUGCCCCAGAAAUCCUGUACCCUGUCCUCCCCAAAGAUGGUUCCACUGGUGUGGAACUAGCACCACGGUCUGCUGAACCUGGUUACCUGGUGACCAAGGUGGUGGCAGUGGACAGAGACUCGGGACAGAAUGCCUGGCUGUCCUACCGUCUGCUCAAGGCCAGCGAGCCCGGGCUCUUCUCAGUCGGGCUUCACACGGGCGAGGUGCGCACGGCGCGGGCCCUGCUGGACAGAGACGCCCUGAAGCAGAGCCUGGUGGUGUCUGUGCAGGACCACGGCCAGCCUCCGCUCUCUGCCACAGUCGCAUUUACUGUAGCGGUGGCUGACAACAUCCCUGAGGUCCUAGCUGACCUGGGCAUCACUGGGACCACUGCCGAUCCCCAAGAUUCAGACCUCACACUCUACCUGGUGGUGGCAGUGGCUGUAGUCUCCUGCAUCUUCCUAGCCUUUGUCAUCGUACUCUUGAUGCUCAAGCUGAGACACUGGUACUCCUCACGCUUGCUCCAGACUACGACAAACGGAUUGACCGACAUUCCUGCCUCCAACUUUGUAGGUGUUGAUGGGGUACAUGCAUUUCUACAGACCUAUUCCCAUGAGAUCUCACUCACUGCUGACUCUCACAAGAGCCACCUGAUCUUCCCACAGCCCAACUACGCAGACACACUCAUCAGCCAGGAGAGCUGUGAGAAAAGGGAAUUUCUAUCAGCACCCGAAUCUCUGCUUGAAGAUAAAGAGGAAGCAUUUUCUCAGGUAAACUUGUAAUGACCUUAUAAGCUAUAUUGAUGAAAAUAAUUCAUGUCUAUACAUACUUGCUUUCUCUAUUUUCUGUAAACAGUAUAUUCCAUUAUACACCAGUAGUGGUUAGGUGUGUUUAUUUUUGUUUCAUGCUGCUGGAGAUUAAACCUAAAGGCUUAUGCAUACUAGGUGAGUGUUACCAUUUUGAGACAAAGUCUUGAUAAGAUAACUGGGCUGGUCUUGAACUCACUUUGUAGUCCAGCAUGGUUUUAAAUUUAUAAUCCUCCUGCCUCAGACUACUGGAGUGCUGUGAUCUCAGGCAUGUAGCCACAACACAGAUGACCGACCAUUUUAGAUUUGUAUAGGCAUUCCAUGUGUAACAUAAAUAAUAAAUUACUCAGAGAUAUCCUGGGGUUCAAGCUUCAAGCUGAAGAUCAGAAAAGCAAAGCAGCCAGUAGAUCUUACCUCUACCAAAUUGAAAUGGCAAUCCUGUCUCCA